GGAGAGAAUAUUCCACCUGACUUGACUGUUCUCAAUCUGGUACUGGAUCGAUGAGUACGAAUCAACGAUCACCAUUUACAGCUAAGAGGAAUCAGCAGGCAGUAAGCGCCGCCUCCGUCGCAGCAGCGUCGCUCAAUGGUCGGCGCAGAAAUUCUCAACAGCAACAACGUAGAAGCAGCAGGGGCAGCAGAACGUCGCAGCAGCACCAGGAACCAGCUGCAGCAGCAGCAGCAGCCAGCAAAGAGGAAAAAGAUAGGGAUGGCACUGAGAGGGAGAGAAACUUUGAAUUGGUGCAGAGGCUGAUUGAGAUGGGAUUCGAGAGGGAAAGGAUCGAUAUUGCUAUGAGUGCUUUGGAGAAAGAAUCCAAAUUAACAAUUGAUGACGUGCUGCAGUACAUUUUGGAUAAAAUUCCAGCCAAUGAUGAUAGGGUUGUAGCUAUUGAGGAUCGAGGUCUUGCAAUUGAAAAUAGAGGUCCAGCCGGCCAAGAUAACUUCUUUCAGUUCCUCGAUAGAUUUACAUCUAAUGAUAGUCAUCAAGGUGCAGGAAAGCCAGCUGAAGACAAUGAUCAUGACGACGGCCAUGAUGAUAGCGAUCAGGAAGACACCAGUGUCAGUUCUGUGCAGGCAUCUACUUCAAUGAAUUUGUCCAACGUCCAGCCGUCAACCUCAGGUUGCAGUCUGAUUCCUGAUGGUUUUUCGGAAGCCUCAUCAAGUGUAAUGGGAACCAAUAGAAAAUAUAGUAAGCGUUCUCAUUUCCUCUCUGCCGAUGAAUAUGCACUGUAUGUACAAGAGUUGAUUCAUCGAGGAAUGCUGGUCAGGAGUUGUCAAGCGUAUGACGAAGUCAAACCAGGAGAUUUGGGCCUGGUCUCUAAAGUGAGCGUGGAAGGCCUUCAUGAUCUGAGUGUUGAGGUUAAAUGGUACAACCAGGGCUUCAGCAACUGGGUCCCUUUCAUCUUCCUGGAGCUGGUGGCUGAUGCGAAGUCGUCGGCUGCCAAAGCGGCGGCGGCCGAGUUCAUCGAUCGGUACGGCGUUCGCAGUGGCGGCGGUGCUCUGGGGCGCGAAUUGAAGGUCGGAGACAGGGUGAGGGUCAGGAUGAGUGUCGUCACGCCGAGAUACAAGUGGGGAUGCGUUGACCAUUCCAGUGUCGGAGUCAUCACACAAAUUACUCGAGAAACUGGUGAUGUAACUGUGAAUUUCCGGGAGCAAUCAAACUGGGCUGGACAGCUUAGCGAAAUGGAGCUGGUGCCGCCUUCUUCGGAUACUAAAAGUCGACGUAGAACAAUAGAUCUACUUGCAGAAAGCGAGAGCAAUACUGGAACAGCUGUAGCAGGUCAAAUCUUGGAAGAAUGGUCAGAAUGUGUACGAUCUCUGGCUGUAUCAUCUGGUGAGAGUUUGAAGAAUAAAUUGCUGGACGAUACCACCGCCUACUGGCAAAGUAAUUCUUCAACGUCUGGAAAUCAUUUCAUCCGUUUGGAAAUUGUGGAGUACGUCGUAGUUCACAAAUUAUUCAUGACUGUGAAUCCACAAGAUUUGAACUACAUGCCCUACACAAUAGUCGUUCGUGGAGGCGACAAUUUUGUAUCGAUGGCUAAAUUGAAUUAUUUAACAACCAGAUCCAACGAUUCCAGGAUUGUUCUUCUAUCGGACGUCCAGGCCUACUAUCGCUGCAUCGAGAUCUACAUCAAGCAGGAUCCUUCCACGUCGGCCUCGGCUGCUGCUCUUGCUGGCAUCGAAAAUGGUGAUCAGAUGGACGCAGUGCCCAUGAAACAACGAAUUUCAAUUUAUGGCAACCGAUUACAAUGA